ACCGCUACCGUUAGUUGUUAUUUAUUUUUCGCUGCUAGUCGUAGCCAUUGGGAAACGGGAUUUUCAUGGGCGUUUGGAGUGUGUGAGUAUAAUCGUUAGCUGCUAGUAGAAUGUGUGUAUUAGGCUUGUCACUGACAGCGCGUGAACAUUUCCGAUGAAAUCCAACUUGGAGACGCUUUUCGUUUCCCCGUGAGCUCCAUAUUGUGUGUGUGAUGUCAGUGAUUUUCAACUGAGCAAUACAUUGACCGAGGCACAACUGUAUUCUCAGCACAUAAAAAUUGCACAACUUUGUCUGUUCGACUGAAAUAUAAUGACUGUUAUUGGCUGAUUCAGUCCCGGUUUCGAUUAAAUGUUUAGUUUCCAGAAAAAUCUUUGAUAUUUAUAAAUAGGCACACGGCCAUUAUCACGCAAUAUUAAUAAUUUUAUUACACAUCAGUUCGACCCAUCGAGUCAGGUCUCUUCGAUGUGAAGAUUAUUGGAACUCGACAAUAAUAAUCUCUGCAAGCAAUUAAAACAAAUCUUUGUUGUGGUCACACGCACGCGAGUACACAUUCACGCACGCACACACCAGCCUCUUCACUGAGGAGGACCUCUCCUGAGCGGCGUCCCGCGGAGAUCCCGAGCAGCGCGGUGGAGAGAUGGCACUGUCAUUUCUUCUCUUCAGUCUCUCUGUGUCUGCCUCGCUCACUGCGGCAGCUCACAAUACAACUGCAGGCUGCAAUAUCAUCCGACCCCCUAGAGAUGGAGGGAUCCGAUACAGAGGCCUGACACAAGAGCAGAUCCGGAGCGUGCAGGUGUUGCCGGUGGACUAUGAGAUUGAGUACAUCUGCAGGGGCAACCGUGUCAUUGUGGGGCCAAAAGUCAGGAAGUGUCUGCCCAACGGGACCUGGACUGAACCCAACCUGAAAAGCUUCUGCUUGCUGCCAUGUGCGCGUGUGUGGGCGUCCCUGGAGAACGGGCGUGUGAGUGUGUGGCCCCAAGGGCCCUCGGUGGAGGGGACGGUGCUGCAGUACAGCUGCCUGCCAGGCUUCAUCCUGGUGGGCAGAAACACCACACACUGCACCAAGGCCGGCAAGUGGGACUCCCCUAAGCCCGUCUGCCACUAUGACAGAAAUUACACAGGCAAGAAGAAGCUGUAUAUAGGAGCCCUGUUCCCCAUGAGCGGUGGAUGGCCUGGGGGUCAGGCCUGUCUACCCUCCACCCGGAUGGCUCUGGAUCUGGUGAACAACAGAACAGACAUCCUUCCCGACUACGAAUUGGAAAUGAUCCACUACGACAGCAUGUGUGAUCCAGGCGAGGCCACUAAGCUGCUGUAUGACCUGCUCUACUCUGAGCCCAUAAAGAUUGUCCUUAUGCCCGGCUGCAGCUCCGUCUCUACGCUGGUCGCUGAGGCAGCGCGCAUGUGGAACCUCAUAGUGUUGUCCUAUGGCUCCAGCUCUCCAGCUCUCUCCAACCGCCAGCGCUUCCCCACCUUCUUCCGCACCCACCCGUCUGCCACGCUGCACAACCCCACCCGUGUGCAGCUCUUCCAGAAGUGGAAAUGGACCAAGAUUGCCACCAUCCAGCAGACCACCGAGGUCUUCACAUCGACUCUGGAUGAUCUGGAGGAGCGCACGAAGGAAGCUGGGAUUGAGAUCAGUGUGAGGCAGAGCUUCCUCACUGAUCCCGCCGUCGCUGUCAAGAACCUCAAGCGACAGGAUGCUCGCAUCAUAGUGGGCCUGUUCUACGAGACGGAGGCCAGGAAAGUCUUCUGUGAGGUCUUUAAGGAGAAACUGUAUGGGAAGAAGUAUGUCUGGUUUCUGAUUGGAUGGUAUGCUGAUAACUGGUUCAAGAUUAAAGACCCGUCCAUCAACUGCACAGUGGAAAACAUGACGGAGGCCGUCGAGGGUCACAUCACCACGGAGAUUGUCAUGCUUAACCCAGAGACUGUGCGCGGAGCAUCCAACCUGACGUCUCAGGAGUUCCUGACUCAGUUGAUGUCGAAGCUGGGGGGAAAGAACCCAGAGGAGACCGGCGGAUUCCAGGAGGCCCCGCUGGCCUAUGACGCCGUCUGGGCCCUUGCUCUGGCCCUCAACAAGACCGUGGGUCCCCUAAAGGCACGAGGGCGCCGCCUGGAGGACUUUAACUACAACAAUAAGGACAUCACCGCCGAGAUCUACCGCGCGCUCAACACCAGCUCUUUCGAGGGCGUCUCCGGUCAUGUCGUGUUUGAUGCCCAGGGAUCCAGGAUGGCUUGGACUCUCAUUGAACAGCUCCAAGGAGGAAGUUAUAAGAAGAUUGGAUAUUAUGAUAUGACCAAAGGCAAUCUCUCCUGGUUUGGAAAUGACAAGUGGAUCGGUGCUGGCCCACCGGCAGACCAGACUGUGGUGAACUUUGAGUACCGCUACCUUUCCCAGAAGCUCUUCAUCUCCGUGUCGGUGUUCGCCGGCUUCGGCAUCCUGUUUGGCAUUGUGUGCCUCACCUUCAACAUCUACAACAGCAAUGUCAGGUACAUUCAGAACUCGCAGCCCUACCUCAACAACAUGACGGCGGUGGGCUGCAUGAUGGCGCUGGCUGCUGUGUUUCCUCUCGGCCUGGAUGGCCUGCAUGUGCACAGAGACCAGUUUCCUGUUGUCUGCCAGUUCCGCUUGUGGCUGCUGGGUCUGGGUUUCAGUCUGGCGUACGGCAGCAUGUUCACUAAAAUCUGGUGGGUCCACACCGUCUUCACCAAGAAGGAUGAGAAAAAGGACAAGAGGAAGCACUUGGAUCCUUGGAAGCUGUACGCCACCGUGGGCGUUCUGCUGGUCAUUGACAUCAUGUCCCUCAUGAUCUGGCAGAUAGUUGAUCCCCUGCACAUCACUGUAGAGAAGUUCACCCGUGAGGCUCCUAAAGGGGAUCUGGACGUCCUGAUUGAGCCGCUGCUGGAACACUGCAGCUCAGAGAAGAUGAACACCUGGCUAGGAGUGGUGUAUGGAUAUAAAGGGCUGCUGCUGCUGUUGGGCAUCUUCUUGGCCUAUGAGACCAAAUCUGUCUCCACAGAGAAGAUCAACGACCACAGGGCUGUGGGGAUGGCUAUCUACAAUGUCUCUGUGUUGUGUAUGAUCACCGCUCCGGUCACCAUGAUCUUGUCCUCCAAGCAGGACGCCUCCUUUGCGUUUGCUAGCCUGGCCAUCGUCUUCUCCGUCUACAUCACUCUGGUGGUGCUCUUUGUCCCAAAGAUGCGGAGGCUGAUUACUCGUGGCGAGUGGCAGUCGGACCAGCAGGAGACGAUGAAGACAGGCUCGUCCACCAACAACAACGACGAGGAGAAGAGCCGCCAGCUGGAGAGAGAGAACAAAGAGUUACAGAGGAUCAUCCAGGAGAAGGAGGAGAGGGUGUCUGAUCUCCGGAACCAGCUGACUGAGAGGCAGGCUCUCCGCUCCCGCCGGCGUCCAUCUUCGGGCAAUCAGAACCACAGCACCCCCCCGGCGUCUGCCCCGCAGGGCGACCCCAAAGCUCUACUGCCCCCUCCGGGCUACCCGCUCCCCUCCUCUGACAACCACGCGCUCCCGCCGUCCUUCUCCAACUCCUCCAACCUCUACCAGGCGGACGGCAAGAUCAGUCGCAACCACUGCCACGCCAGCCACCUGCCCCUCCUCUACAAGUGAGAGGAGCGCGAAGAGGAGGAGAGGAGGAGGAGGAGAGGAGGAAGAGGAGAGGAGGAAGAGGAGACAGAGCACAAG